GCCAAUCAGAAUCUCUCCUCCAAGUGUCAAAGUUGACUUUCAAUUAUUUUUAUCAAAUCAACAAACGCAAGUUGUGAAAAAUAAUAAUUUGCGUCAGUGGACCAACGUACAGUUCCCCUUAUUGUGUGAAAUUAGUCCAGAAACAGGGAAAAUGGGUCGCGUUUUUGUUGUAGGAGUUGGAAUGACCAAAUUUGAAAAACCCGGAAAACGCAACGACGAUUAUCCGGGCUUUGCCAAGGAAGCUAUCCUGAAGGCCCUCGAUGACUGCGGGGUCAAAAUCUCGGAGGUGGAAGCAGCCGCCUGUGGCUACGUCUAUGGCGACUCAACCAGCGGCCAACGGGCGGUUUACGAGGUGGGAAUGACCGGAAUCCCGAUUUUCAAUGUGAACAAUAAUUGCUCAACGGGGUCAACUGCCCUGCUUUUGGCCAAAGAGUUCGUAGAAUCGGGGAAGCAUGACUGUGUCUUGGCUGUGGGUUUCGAGAAAAUGGAGCGGGGGAGUUUGUCGGCGAAAUUUUUAGACCGCACAAACCCGCUGGAUAAGCACGUAGAAUUGAUGGCCGAGUUGACCGAGAUGAACGAGGCUCCUUUGACCGCCCAAAUGUUUGGGAACGCGGGCAUCGAACAUAUGAAGAAAUUCGGGACCAAGCCAGAGCAUUUCGCCAAAAUCGCAUACAAGAACCACAAACAUUCCGUCAAUAACCCUUACUCGCAGUUCCGGGAGGAGUAUUCCCUCGAUCAGAUCAAAAAUUCUCCUGCUGUUUUUGGUCCUUUAACCAAGCUGCAGUGUUGCCCUACAAGCGACGGCGGUGCUGCUGCGGUGGUGGUCUCAGAGCGUUUCGUGCGAAGUCAUGGCUUGGAGGGACAAGCUGUUGAGAUUCUGGGCAUGGAGAUGGCCACCGAUUUGCCCUCAACUUUUACCGACAACAGCUGCAUGAAAUUAAUCGGGUAUGACAUGACAAAAACCGCAGCCGAUCGCCUAUUCCGCAAAACAAACACAAACCCCACCGAUGUCCAAGUGGUCGAACUCCAUGACUGUUUCUCAGCCAACGAAUUAAUCACUUACGAAGCGCUCGGUCUGUGCCCUCCUGGCAAAGCCGGCGAGCUGAUCGACCGCGGUGAUAACACUUACGGUGGCAAAUAUGUUGUCAAUCCUAGCGGAGGUUUGAUUUCCAAGGGCCACCCUCUGGGGGCCACCGGUUUGGCACAAUGUGCCGAAUUGUGUUGGCAGUUGAGAGGCGAAGCUGGCGCACGACAAGUUCCUAAUGUUAAAUUGGCCUUACAGCACAAUAUUGGAUUAGGGGGUGCUGUUGUUGUCGGUUUGUAUCGCUUGGGAUUCCCCGAGCAUAAAAAUCGCAGAGUUGGCGUGCGGAAGGUGGCAGGAGGCGGGAAAGAAAGCGAUUUUCUCAUUGCGCCGUAUUUGAGAUUAUUGGAACAGGCUAUGUCCGAAGAUAAGGACAGUUUGACUGAAAGACAUAAGGGUACUUACGGGUUCAGGGUUAAGAAGUCCAAUGGAGAGGAGGGAUUUUGGAUUGUCAAUGUCAAGGUCGGCAAGGGUAGCAUUGAAGUUAAUUCGAAGCUGAAACCAGACGUUACGUUUAUUGUGAACGACAAUGACAUCUUUGACUUGCUAACAGGGAAGUUAAACCCGCAGAAGGCAUUUUUCCAAGGCAAGGUCAAGAUCCAAGGCAACAUGGGUUUGGCCCUAAAGCUGGCUGAGUUGCAACGCACUGCUGCCAGUCACAUUGCAGACAUUCGUGCAAAAUUGUAAUUUUUUACUAUUUUUAUAUUCUAUGGUUUUUGUUAUCAGUUAUAUUUUGGAAUAAUUAUGGUAACGGACUGAUGGUUCGGGUGUUGACCAAUGUAUACUUUUUUAUUGAAUAAACAGUGGUUACAA